GGGCCCUGGUACAGAGCAACCAGUUUAGCUUGGAGAUCUUGAGGUGAGGAGACACCCUGCGGAUUUAUGCACAUGCUUGUUUAGACUUCAGCUACUAAAGAACAUUUCGGUCGUUCUUACCACUCCAACUAUAUUUUGGACCUUUUAUUUCUGGGGGGUUGGCGACGCAACAUGAGCUUGACGACGUUUGACAAGAAGGUACCCAGCAUUUUAACUGACUUGCCGGUUUCUAUGAGCUGUGACCCCUCUUCCAAAGACUCUCCGACUCUCCCCGAGUCUUCCGCGACCGACAUGGGCUACUACAAUGGACAGACAUCGCACAGCCAGCACGAGUACUACCAAAGCCAGUCUUACUCACAACCCCUGAAUCCUUACACCUAUCAUCAGUUCAACCUCAACGGGAUGGGUGCAGGGGCUUACCCCACAAAAACUGAAUACCCAUAUCACAAUUCAUACAGACAGUAUGGACAGUACAACAGAGACCAACAGACGCCACCACAAGACACAGUGAAAGAGGAGCCAGAGACUGAAGUCAGGAUGGUCAAUGGAAAACCCAAGAAAAUACGCAAGCCCCGAACCAUUUACUCCAGUUACCAGCUUGCUGCACUGCAACGGCGGUUCCAGAAAGCACAAUACCUCGCUCUGCCUGAGAGAGCUGAGCUGGCUGCGCAGCUCGGACUGACCCAGACACAGGUAAAGAUUUGGUUUCAGAACCGGAGAUCCAAGUUUAAGAAGCUGUACAAGAACGGCGAAGUCCCACUGGAUCACAGUCCCAAUGCCAGCGACUCCAUGGCGUGCAACUCCCCUUCUUCCCCCUCUGCUUGGGACAAUGCCUCACACAACCCUACCAGUAGGGGGCAGCUCCAGCAACCUCCCCUCAGUUCAUCUCCGACCUACCUGGAGGACUACAGCAAUCACUGGUACCAGCAAGGGUCACAUUUACAGCAUCCGGGUUCUGUGCUUCACACUCCGGCUCCACAGCAUACAGGAGGAGCGGUGUACUGAGAAAGACUAUUUUUGAUUUUUUAAAGACUUUUUUUUUUUUUUUUUAACAACCGCAGUAAUAAGCUUACUUCAUCAAAAAGAUCCAUAGUGCAAAAUUAAUAAUAAUAAUAAUAAUAAUAAUAAUAAUAAUAAUAAUAAUAAUAAUAAUAAUAAUAAUAAUAAUAAUAAUAAAUAAAAGCAUGUAGAUUAUGCUCACACUAAUCUUUGGUAUUCGUUUAUUUACUGCAAAAAGCAACAACAUAUGCUUGUUUUCCUGCUUAUUAGUUUUGAAAAGAGUUUGUGGCAGGGAAAACUUUGUGAAGUUAUUUUAAGCAAAUGUUAAGUAAUUUAAAAAAAGGUCACAUUUUAAAUAUAUUUAAUGCAGUGUGUUCUACAUUGUAAAAUUAAUUUUGUUUUAAAUAAAUGUAAAUAUUGUUCACUCUCCCUAAAACAACUCAAACCCCCAUGUUGAAUUAUUUAUACUGAUUAAAAUUAACUCUUUUUUUUUUUUUUUUAAGACAAAACUCAGCGUUUAUGUAGGUUCACUCUUAAUUUUGUCAAAGUUUGGUUGUAUAUUAUUAUUUAAAAUACACUUGUGGAGUGGUGUUUUGAAAUUAUUGUUUAUAGUUUACGUUUUUUGUUAGCUUGUUAAAUAAAAUACAACACCUACCAUUCCCGUUUUAUUUGAGAGCAGUAGAGGUAAAAAUAAAUAAAUGUCAUGAGAUUUCACGGUAAAAAUAAGAAGAAAAGAGCUAAAGUACAUUUUUAAAGUCUCAGGUUAUUAUUUAUAACAUUUUGUACAAAAGUAAAUGUUUAAAGCUGUACAUAAAAUGCCAUUUUUUUGUAUAAAAAAUAAACCACUACGACCGUAAUGUUUUUCACAAUAGGAAUUCUGAUUGCAUUAUGGUGCCCAACGCCUUAAACGAUUCUGUAAUUAUCUGUAAUUGUUUUCAUUGUUUUUAUUCUAGUAUGUGUGUCUGAACCAGGUAAAUAAAUGUGAUUUAGAAUGAAAA